UUAUUUAUUCGUCAACCAUACGAAAUAAAUUUCCCGCAGAAUAUCAAAAGAUGCGCUAGACACGCAAUACGCGAGCAAAAAAAUCUUGGCGUAAGCUUUAAAUCCAUGUGCUUGGUCAAGACAAAGUGGGCCAUUUUACAAUUCAGUGUUUGCCUAAUCAAAGAAGGGUGGUCUAUUAGCAACCCACCAGAGAAUAAUUACAACAGCAGUAGAAAUAAUAAUCAUUAUUAACAUUAAAUUACGCCGGUCGCCGCCGCUGCUACUGCAUCAAAAUGAGACCAAAAGUUGACAAAGAUUUACUGCCCAUGAAGGCGCAUUAUUUUUUCUUUAAUGCUGGCACUGCACCGGUUGUACCCUUUAUGCCCACCCUGGCCAAACAAUUGGGCUAUUCAAAUGUAGUUGUGGGGACCAUGUAUGCUAUAUUGCCGGUAAUUGGCAUGCUGGCCAAGCCAUUAUGCGGAUUUAUAGCAGAUCGAUACCAACGGCAUCGCAGCCUUUUUAUAGCCGCUGAAAUUCUAACCGCAGUUGCCUUCUUUGCCAUUAUGUUCACGCCCGCCAUUCCACAACAGCUGCCCUCGGUGACCUUUCAUUGUCAUGCGGGUGGGGCGAAUUUUCAUUUUUGCACCGAAGAUCAGUGCACGUUAAACGAAAUCGAGCGAGACUAUCAGGACAAGGCAUUAGCAUGUAAGCUUAAUUGUCCCGCCCAGGCCUUUAUGUGGGAUAUAAUAUGCAAAGACUGGAACACUACCGGACUGUGUCCGCCCCCAAAUGAUAAUGCAGACAUAGAUAUAAGUGCCACAUUCACAAAUCUCCUGGUGGAAAGAAAUGAAACCUCCAAUGAGGGUUGUGUUUUCUUCAGUGUGCCGCACAUCCAUGCCGAAGUGAAUGGCCACAAUGCAACGAUGUAUUGUCCCAGCGACAAGCCAUAUUUCAGCAGCAUCUGUUCCAUGGAUUGCAAUGACACCUAUUUGGAUAGUAAAAUAGCCGAUAGUCCGGUGAUAAGUACCACAGCGGCCAUGGGUUUAUAUCAAUUCUGGUGGUUCUUUGGUAUGUUGAUCAUAUCAUGGAUUGGUAUGGCGGCUGUGGUCAGUAUUGGUGAUGCCAUUUGUUUUGGCAUAUUGGGUGAACGGGCCCAUUUGUAUGGCAAACAACGUCUCUAUGGUUCGGUCGGUUGGGGUAUAUUCUCCAUUUUGGCGGGGGUUUUGGUGGAUAAGAUGUCGAAUGGUGUCGAAAAGGAUUACACCAUUGUCUUUUGGAUGACAGCCGUGCUAAUUGGUUUGGAUGUUGUGGCCUCAAUGAAAUUGAAGCACACCCAAACCCACUUAUCGCCCAAUAUCCUCAAAGAUGUGGGUCAAAUGUUCCUCUCCAUUCGAUGUUUGAUCUUUUUUAUAUGGUGCAUCUUCAUUGGUCUGGGUACCGCCCUCAUUUGGAACUUUUUAUUUGUACACCUGGAAACGUUGGGCGGCUGUGAUGCCACCUACAUGAAAACGCUACAAGGUUUUGUUAUGUCCAUUCAAUGUUUCUGUGGAGAAUUGCCGUUUUUCUUUUUCUCCGGUUGGAUUUUAAAGAAAAUCGGUCAUGUGAAUGCCAUGAGCAUGGUGCUAUUCGGUUUCGGUGUACGUUUUAUAUUGUACUCUAUGCUGCAGGAUCCAUGGUAUGUAUUGCCCAUUGAGCUGCUGAACGGUGUGACCUUUGGCCUAUUCUAUGCAACAAUGGCUUCGUAUGCGAGCAUUGUUGCACCGCCUGGUACGGAGACCACAAUGCAGAGAGAGAGGGAGAAAAUAAUUCCCCCCAGAAAAACAAAAAUAGUCAACAAAUAGAAAAAAGGAGAGCGGGAAAUGUAAGGAAUAUGGCCACA